CGCCUCCCGCUCGCACCCCCUCCGCCCCUCCCACCGGGACCUGCUUGGCCGCGGCGGCCGCCUCCGGGCGUCCGCACCUCGGCCCUCGGUUUCGGUCAGACCCGCCCGCCAGCUGGUUUCGAUUGGGGACGGGAGGCCGGAGCGGCCGGGACGCGCGGAGGGAAGCAGAAGCGAGCCGCGGAGUGGGGACGGUCCGGCGCCGGAGACAAAGGGCGCACGGGAAGGAGCGGGGCGCCCGCGCUCACUUCGGGGGCCGGAGCCGGGGGCGCAGGGGCGGCCAAGGAGGCACGUGCGGGCCCCGGGAUGCGGACGCCGGUGGUGAUGACGCUGGGCAUGGUGCUCGCGCCCUGCGGGCUGCUGCUCAACCUGACGGCCACGCUGGCGCCCGGCUGGAGGCUGGUGAAGGGCUUCCUCAACCAGCCCGUGGACUUGGAGCUGUACCAGGGCCUGUGGGACAUAUGCCGCGAGCAGACCAGCCGCGAGCGCCAGUGUGGCCAGCCCGACGUGUGGGGCUACUUCGAGGCCGAGCUCGUGCUCGCGGCGCGGGGACUCAUGGUCACGUCGCUGGCCGCCACGGCCCUGGGGCUGCUGCUGGCGUCGCUCGGCGUGCGCUGCUGGCAGGAGCGGCCGCGCUUCGCGCUGGCCGGCCUCUCGGGCGUGGUGCUCUUCGCCGCCGGCCUCCUCAGCCUCAUCCCGGUCUCCUGGUACAACCACUUCUUGGAGGACCGCACCGUCCUGCCCGCCGACGCCAGCCCGGUCACGGUGCACGUCAGCUACAGCCUGGUGCUGGGCUACCUGGGCAGCUGCCUGCUGCUGCUGGGCGGCUUCUCGCUGGCGCUCAGCUUCGCGCCCUGGUGCGAGGAGCGCUGCCGCGGCUGCCGCAAGGCGCCCCCUGGCAGCCCGCGCCGCGGCAGCAUCAGCACCGUGCACGUCGACUGGCCCGAGCCCGCGCUCGCGCCCGCCAUCAAGUACUACAGCGACGGCCAGCACCUGCCGCGGCCCGCCGACCUCGGCGCCGCCCGCAAGCCCAGGGUCGGCUUCCCCAUGCCGCGGCCUCGGCCCAGCGCCUACACCAACCCGGUGGACGUGCUCCGCGGGGAGAGGGCCGACACCCCCGACGCCUCCUUGCCGAGCACCGGGUGCUGCCAAGGCUCGCUGCCCUGCGACUCCGACCUGUAGACGGCGGCCCCCCUACCUGCCCUGGCCAGGCUCUGCCCGGACAGAGGACUCGCUCCACCACGUCCAGCCUUGAACUUGUCUGUUACCUUGUAGCAGGAAACACCUGGCUCAGGGUCUGAACCCGGACACGUUCCUGUAACCGGUUUGGAGGGUGAUGUUCCUUUCUUGUGGCCAAACUAGACUCCUUGGACAAUUAGUUCAGGGUUUGUUUGGUUUUCUUUUUGUAGAGUUUAGUCUUCCUCUCCGAGGGAUCAGGGUCCUCAUAUGGAGUGACGCGUUUUUCAUACUUUAAGCUGAAGGAGAUAUAGAAAGGGUGCUUUUGCCUCGUGUUGACGUGGGACAAUAACAAAACGUCAAAAUCAGCAAACAGAGGCCCCAAAACCCUGUUUUAACACCUCGAAACAGUAUCCGGAAAUACCAGUCAACCUUACAUCAAUAUAAUUUUUUUUUCUGCUGUAUAUAAUUUAUUCUUAUGCAAACUCUCAAGAGACCAAUAUACUGGCUAUGUUUGAACGAAGCUCUUAAAAUAAAUGUAGAGCCAUGCAAAUACCCGCAGUUUUUGUGGCUUUCAUGGAAUAACUUGUUUAACUCAUAUUUACAUUUCUUCAAGUAUGCAUAGGAUUUGUCUUUAUUACUUUUUUUUUUUUUUUGGUGGUCACUGCAGAGUUUCUGUAUUAGAAGCCAGGUGGGAUUGAACAGACUAACCUUAUAUUGCUCUAUUCCUUGGCUACCUCACCCUGGACUUAGAGGACCAUAAAUUAAAUAUUUGGUACCAAGUGGAACCUGUUAAUCACAUCAGAUUAAGGAACAUGGGCAUAGAUCUCUUAUUUAUGAAUAAAAGCUGAA